AUGACUCCAGUCUCCAGCACAACUGUCCAAGGCAACUCCGGGGGAGGGGAACGAAACGCAUCCGGCGGCGUAUGCCCGGCGGAGCAGUUCUGGUCGCUGCUGGACAAGGCGGACCGGCGCUUCGCCCGGGUGCGGGACCUGCCCCUCUUCGGCCGCCAGGAGCCCGCGGAGUACGGCAAGGCCUUCCGCAUCUACACCCAGCUGUGGCGCAUGCAGCAGGAGCACCGCCACCGCCUCCUCGACGCCGGCCUCCGCCGCUGGCAGGUCGGCGAGAUCGCCGCCCGCAUCGCCCACCUCUACUACUCCCAGUACCAGCGCACCUCCGACACCGCCCUCCUCUCCGAGGCCUUCGUCUUCUACCACGCCGUCCUCGACCGCGCCUACUUCCUCGACGACCACCUCGGGGCCUCCACCAAGCACCUGCGCUUCCUCGCCAGGUUCCUCCUCGUCGCGCUUAUCCUCUCCCGCCGCGCGCAGACUGUACCCCGCCUCGCCGGCCAAAUCCGGUCGCUCCUCGACGAAUCCAAGAAGACCCUCCAGGAAGCUGAUUACAGGGAGUGGAAGCAUGUCGUGCAAGAAAUCACGAGGUUUCUAAAGGCUGACUCGCCCUUCAUGAACAAGAGACCUCUCAGGUACAGCUAUGCAUUUGAUCCUCCCCCGGAAAUUCUUCCCACCAUCCCACCUACAGUCAAGAAGCGCGGUCUGCUCUUAAGCGAUGCCAUCCUAUGCAGCUAUUAUCAUAACGAGGUCAAAUUUACCGACCUCACUCUAGACACAUUCAGAAUGCUUCAGUGUCUUGAAUGGGAACCAUGUGGUUCCUUUGCACAAAACAAUGGUUACAGCGCCCAUGAUGAAAGUGGGCAAAAUCACCCCAAUCUCCUAAAAGAUCUGAGAGACGCUGCGUUGCCCCCGAACCCACUGAAAACAGUUCUCUAUCGCCCCUCGGUGCCACAUUUCUUGAAGGUCCUUGCCACCAAAUGUGAGGAGCUCCCAUUGAAUACUAUGAUGUUGAUAUACCUUUCGGCUGCAGGCGAGGUGGGAUCCUCUGGACUUGGUCCCGAUACAAGCGAGAGGGUUGUGAACAGCUUUAGUCAGUUUGACAUAUCUAAUACCAGGGCCAUCACUUCAAAGGAAGAUAAAGAACCAUGUCUUUGGUUAGGUUGCCGUGAAGGCGAAGGCUCAAACUGCAUAUACCCUUGUGAUCUGAUCCCGUUUACAAGGAGACCUCUCUUUUUGGUGAUUGACAGUAACAUCAGCUAUGCAUUUAAGUCAAUUCAUGGGGCUGAAAAAGGGGAGACAGCUGCCAUGUUACUUUCUCCAAGCUCCCGAUCUUGCGCUGUAGGAUUCAGUGGGGACUCUACUCGGCAGAGUGGUAGUCAAUUUACUAUGUUCCUCACAGCUCCAUUGCAAGCUUUCUGCUUUCUGAUCGGCAAUAAUGGGCUGGACAUUAUUGACAAGGAUUAUAACAAAGCCGAGGAGCUACUAUCCUUGUCAUUGAAUGAAUGGGCCAUGACUUUGGUUGCUUCGUCUUCACUUGACCCUGCCUGGGUUGAAGUUUUAGGCGAUCCACUCCUGAGGCGGUUGCUUCUCAGGUUUAUCUUCUGCCGAGCCACUCUUUCGCUGUUCAAAGCGAGCAACGAUAAGGCGGAAUGCCUGCCAAGCUGCGUGCCUCCAUUGCCGGAGUCGGUUGGGGGAGAAAGCAUGCUGUCGCAAUGCUGUGUGAUGCGAGUGGCAUCUUUCUUGGGCGCCGCUGACCAAUUCUCGUUUGCCGAGGUUACUACAUGGCCUGACAUUGAUGAGCCCACCAGCAGUGGAGGUGCCGACAAAGAGUUAUGA